AAAUAUUCUUAGAAAAAAAAUUGUGACAGAAGCUUGCUUCUUGAAAAGGAAAGCAAGAGGUCUUCUCUUAUAGAAAAAUCUUUAAACAUUCCGUUAUGUGAUACAAAAAAAACAGACCCCUUUCGUCACGCAUAAAAAGACAUUUACUUGUAAUCAUACUCUUCUUCUACCCUCCUCUCAUAUACAUAGAGCUGGAGAAAUACCGGAUUGCCCUUCUUUUCCUUGCUUUUAUUACAGUUUUGCCUUCAAGAAUUCCUUACUUCGCUCAGACCCGAUACGAUUUUUUGGGUUUUUGACAAGGAAUAUGAAUCUGGAGUUGAACAUUACCAUGUGGGUGGUUAUCAUGACAAGUUUGGUUUGAGUUUUUCUUUCUUUCCUUCUUUUCUUGGGGGGGGUUUUAUUUUCCUUUUCAAGGCCGCUUCUUUCGAUUCAUUAAUCUAUUUUAUUGAUAGUGACAUUUUAUGAGCUGGGUUUUAUGUGGAAUUCAGUUUUGCUUCUCGGUUUUUCUUUUUCUUGUUUUAGAAAGAUUCAUUCUUGAUAGAUUUUGGUAAAUAAUACUCAUGUAAUUAUGUAAUUCUCUUUUCUCAUGUUAUGGCAAUACAAAGUUACAUUAUGUCUUUUCAGUUUACAGUAGCUGAAGAGGUAAAAUUCUUUGUUUAGAUUUUCAGAGAGUUGGAUUUUAUUAGUGGGUAGUGAAAUUUUGGGGGCAUUUUUUGUGCAUUUCUGUGAAAAUGUCUGGUGGCUCACCAGUUGGAGGUGGAUAUAUGAGGCAGAGACAUAGCCAAGGCUAUGCCUCAGGUGGCGAUGAUCUUGAGGAUGAUGCCUGUUCAAGGCCGCAGCCUUUUUCUACUCCUAGCCCUCGAGUUCGAUCGUGGGUUGAGAUUGUGGAGAAUGUGCUUUGGAUUGCUUCUGCAAUUUUCAUUGUCUACUUCGGUGAUCGACACUGCAAUUUGAUUUACCUUUUGUGGCAUGAUGGACGAAUAAGAAGAUUGCCGUUGUAUCUUGGGAUGAUAGGUGUUGGCUUGAAUGUGGUCAUAUUCUUUUAUACAAGUGUGUUUGCAUGGAGUGUUAGGAGGUUUGAUGAAAAGUGGGAGCUAUCAAGUAUAUCUGCCUUGCCAUUAGUUACCCUAUUGGGACUCGUCUCCUUUUCCCUGUUCUCCUUCGCCCUAUGGCCAAUAUGGAGUUUUCUGACCCUUCCUCUUCUGUUCACACUAUUUAUGGCUUGCAUGGUUAUAUUUCCCCAUAUCAUGAUUGGAACAUUCAAGCAGCCAAAUGAUACAUUCCGCAUAGAUUAAGAGUUAUGGGCUACUGACAUAGAUGAAGAUUUUCUAACCCAAAAAACAUGAUGCCCAUGACAUUUGCUAUGAGUUGAAGCUCUGUUUCUGUCACGUAAUACAUCUCUGCCUCCGUCUUCAUUUUGUGAUACUGCCGCUAACUUACACCUCGAUCUUAUUCCCUGUGGCUUGUACCAAUGGUUUAACGAGAAUUAGGCUUUGCAUCAAUGAGAUGCUAGUGAGGUAUUAAUUGUCAUGCAGAGACAUUGAGGCUUAAAGGCAAAGUCUCUCAAAUUUGUGCCAAAUUUUGUCAUCCAAUCUCAUCCUUUAUCUAAGAAUAGGUGUAUCUUUUAUUUUGGUUUUGGUUUUGGUUUUGGUUUUGUUCUGGGGAGGUGACUUCAUUUUAUAGUAGCAAAAGCUAAACGUUCAUUGUUUAUACAUUUUUUAGAAUCAAUUGAAAUCAUGUGUCACUUACAGUUUCACUUUUCCA